CAGAAAAUAGGGGAACCGGAAACUUACAAAUCUUGGCCUGCCCGCCCCUUUUAUAGAUAGCAUGUAAGCUAAUGAUUGUUUUUGUUGUUCUUUUUUCUUUUUUUUUUUUAAAUCGUCUUCAGUCGUGUGGAAAUAUCAAACAAAAUGGACUCAAAGGGACGCUCGCUUUAUGCACAGGCAGGCACCUCAGUAGAUAUGACACGGAGUAUAGAGGAAGAUUCUCUAGUGGAUGGACCUCUGAUCUCCGCUGACGCCCUCCACUCUGCCAUCAGGAGAGAGUUUCAGACUGUACCCACAUAUUGCCAUGCCUGCCUGCUGUCUCUGCUGCAUGUUGUGUACGCAGUGUUGUCAGUGUGUGUGGCAGUGCUGUGCGUGUUGAACUUUGGCCAGGUGGAGGUGUGUAAGAGUGUUUUGGGUAACGUGCCAGGGGACAGUGUUAUUGUAUUCGGGAAGGUGGGUUUGUGGGUGCUGGUGCUGGUGUUCACUCAGUGUGUGCAGCACCACCACAGUCGAGCCAGAAGGAGAGGAUACCUGCAAUUCUACAGACAGAUGCAAGGGCUGAAUCACCUGCCACUCACCGUCCACUCUGCAGGGAAUGUUUUGCUGUUGGUUGUUCUGGCCGCUAAAUUAUCACUCACUGUGCAAACCUACAUCCUGCUCAGCAUCCUGGGGUUGGAACUCUUGGUGGCAGUGCCAUGCUUGCUCUAUUACAUAGUCAAGGUGAUGCGGUUCAACAGGGAGCGAGCUGCACCAGAUGUGAGCCAAGAAGAGCAUUCGCACACCAACUGUAUCACUAAUCUGCCGACUGAGACCGGCUUCAGAGAGGGCUCCAGUCUGGAGGAGGUGGUCGAGAAGCAGGCCGACCUGAUAGAGUACCUGAAGCAGCACAACACCUUACUGAGCAAGAGGCUGCUCAACCUCACUGCUCAGCACUGACCACAGUCUGGCCUCCAGCUCCUCCCUUUGAGCCAGCCGACACCGUAUCUGGAGAAGAAAGUGCUCUGGAGAAAGAGCCUGAUCAUUUUAACACCCGAGAGAGGAUCUGUGGGUUUAAAAGAAAGGACUAAAUCCAUGAGAAACACUGGAUGAAAGACUAAAGAAAGACAAAUGCACCUGUACACACAGACUGAGACGGGAGGGCAUCUCACCUGAGAUGGACAGAUAAACGCAGGAGGAGGUGAGCCGAAAGUGGAGGACAGUUAAAGAGGAGAAGUUGGAGGAGGAGGAGAGGAGUCAUGGGUCACAGAUCAGAGGUGAGGGGUUUUUAUCGCUCUUUUACGACCCCCAGCGACCCAUGUAUGCUGCUGCUUGUGUUAGUGUGUAGAGAGAAACAGAGGAAGCCAAAUUGUUUUAGAGAACAUAUGCACUAAGGAGGGACUGAAAGCGCAGGAGAUACAGGAGGGAGAGGUUAUCACUUAUCAGGGUCAAACAAGAGAAAGAGAUCAAAUAAUGUUGUAAAAUGUUUGCAAGUGGUAUUUUUAUCUGCUUGGAUGUGUGUAAAUGCAUUAAAUGUUGACAUUUUUUUCUUAUUUGUUCAAUCAGUUAGUUUGUGUAUUUGCGAUCAGAUUCUAAUAAAUCUUUAAUAUUC